UGCUAGACCAGCCACCUGUGCACGAAGAAAAGGAAAGAGGAUGGAUCAAAAGAGAGAGAUGGAACAUGUGAGAGUCAUAACCUCUUAUCAUCUCUCUCUCUCUCUCUCUCUCUCUCUCUUAAUGUACCCCUCCCCCCUCUAUAUACAAACACUCCAAGCUCUUUUUUUUUAAAACACAGUGGAUCAAAACAUACUUUAGUGGAGAACCGAUAUGAACACCAUGAAGGUUUUCAUCCCUUUUUUUCCAGAUCCCUUCCAACAAACUCAAACCCCAAAUUCACCAACACAAACCCUUAUUAGAAUUAAAACACGAUUCUGAAUCCAAACACGAAAUCAUCAAAACACAUAAGCUAAACAUCAAAUCGUAAACCCUAGCCCCCAUAAUCCCUACCCCAAUCCAUUAAAAUCUUUAGUUUACAUCAUAAUUCAUAUAAAUUGGUAAGGGGAAUCAUAAAUUAUGCAUAAAAACAACAGAUGAACAACAAAAUAAAGCAAGAAACAAGCUCCGGUAGUGGCCUCUACCUCCAACACAACGGUUUCUGACAAGCUAACAACUCAGGUACAUUUAGUCGCUUACAGUUCUUUAAGAACUUGCUUGCUGCUGCUUGGUUUUUAAACCACUUGAGGGGCAUUUUGAUUGAGAUCCUGGUUGAGAGACUUUCUGCUCAGAUAUGAGGACCGGUUUGAAGCAUGAUGUGGCCUAUAGUUUCUUCGACCCAGAGAUUGGUGUGCUGAAGGAGAUGAUAGCAUUGAUUACACCCGACCAUGUGGGGAUGUUCAUAGAGUCAUACGAUAGUAUCCUGAAGAUGGUUUUCAGACUCACUGACAGUGACAGGAGCGCCAUUCAUACUCUUCUCCAGUUCUAUGAUCCGGGGCUGAGAUGUUUUGUAUUUCCAGAUUAUUUGUUGGGGCCUCUGAUGGAGGACUAUGCUAGCAUUCUGGGUAUGCAGAUCCGUGAUCAGAUGCCUUUCCAUGUCACUAGGGUGGAGCCUGACGUCCUUGGGAUUUCUCGUGCUCUUUAUUUGAGUCCGGAAAUGGUCAAGGAAGGAUUGAAGGAAAAGGGGAAGUUACCUGGAAUUCAUUUGAGUUUCUUGGAGGAUAAUGCCAAGGAGCAUGCUGCUAUGGGUAAUUGGAAGACGGUUUGCGCUCUGAUUGCUGCGAGCAUUUAUGGGAUUAUCUUAUUUCCUAAUCAGAAGAAUUUUGUGGACCAUAAUGCUAUCAGAUUGUUCAUACAGAGGAACCCUAUUCCUACUCUGAUCGGAGAUGUCUACUACUCGGUUCAUAACAGGAACGAGAAGCGGCGUGGGGGUUUGAUCAGGUGCUGUGCUCAGUUACUCUUCAGGUGGUUUGUGGGGUAUUUGCCUUCCGGAGGUGCUUUUGCUCAUCUUGAUCCUUCGGUCAAGUGGUCCUUCAGGUUGAUGGGUUUGCGGGCUGAUGAUAUUGCAUGGACUCAUAAUGGUUUGGCAGGACGGGAUUUUAUAUACAGUUGUGGGAGUUUACCUAAUGUGCCUCUUGUGGGAGUUCAGGGUUGCAUCAAUUACAACCCGGUGCUUCUCAGGAGACAGAUGGGGUUUGCUGUAGAGGGUCCUCCUCUCAGUCGAGAGAUUCAGGAAUCCUUUUACUUCCCAAUUGAAGGCAAUCAGGCCAAGCUGAGGCAGGUAUUGGAUGAGUGGCGUGAUGUUCAGAGGAAGGGCAAAGUUCCAUUUGGCAAAGUUAACUGUCGGUAUUUUCCACUAUUCGAGGAUUGGUUGCGGAAGAGAAUUGAGAUUACACAUCUACCAUUUCCAGGAGGUGAUCCUUGGCGUCCUAUGAUUGAGGGUCCAAGUUCUUCUGUCAGUAUGGAAGAAUUCCUCGAGAUGAAGAGAGCCAGAGAUCAGUUGCUUGCGGAGAAAGCGGAAUUGGAGAUGACUGUUGCUCGGGUUCAGAUAGCCAACCAGGAGAUCAAAGUGAAGAUGGAAGAUCAAGACAAGCGACAUGCCAUGGAAGCAAAGCGUUUUGAGAUAGACACUGCCUACUAUGGGAAAGUUAACCAAGCCUUAGCGUCAUCUACCAGAGAGCACGACAUCACUAAGGAGAAGCUAGCCAGAGCUGCAAAGGUUAUUGAGGAUCAGAAGAGGAGGCAGAUUCUCGUGAAGGAUCAGAGAGACGACAGAGUCAGAGUUCUCAUUGCUGAGUGGGAGGCCAAGCUGAAGGUUAAGGAAGCGGAGAAAGCGAAGAUUAUCGCCGAGAAAGAUCACUGUAUAGCUGAGAGGGAUCAUUACAUUGCUGAGAGAGAUCACUACUUCAGGCAGAUGAAGAUUCACCAGAAAGAAGUGGGGAGAUUACAGCAGGAGAAUACAGAGCUCAGGUUCGCCGCAGAGUUCGUGAGGAUGGAAGCUGAGAUAGGGCCAUCUGUGGGACCCUCAUCAGGCUGAUCUUUCAUUUGUGUUGGAUUACCGUCAGGCUUGUUGACGGAACUUAUUUUGUUUGUAUUUCUUUCUCGAUUCUGGAGAUUUUUAUCUGGUUUGAUGUAUGACUAUGGCACUGUUUGUGCGCUUUUUGUUAUGUGAUGGU